UCGAUUGAAGACAGACAACAAGGCUGAAUCGACUUCUUAAAGGUCCUGUUCUUUUGUAUUUUUCAACGAAUUUUCUUUAUUUCUCCCUCUCAAAAUGAGCUCUGUUACAGAGCCCUUCGCUGACAACCAUCACGAUGGAGUAGCAGCUGAUCAACUCGUUGAUGAAGAGCGUAAAAACUUCUUGUUAAUUCUUGCUGCAUUCCGGUUGUACAAAACAACAUCCAUGAUCAGUGUAGAUCAACGAGAGAUGUACAUGAACUCGCUGAGUAAGAAUCACCAAUAUUUGCUUUCGAAAUACAGAGAGAGCUUGCACAAAAUACGUGAUGCAAUUUUAACAAACUACCAAGUAAUUAAUGUGAUGGUAAAGACCAUUGACCAAUUGUUCCUGAAUGACAAUGAAUCAACAUAUCGUGAUAACAACGGCGAGUUCGGAGUAAAGGUAGGUCAGAACGAAAUUGAACGUGUUCAAGUCACACUAAAACAAAUUGCAAGAGAUUGGAGUGCAGAUGGCGAAAUGGAACGACAACAAUGUUACCAACCUAUAAUCGAUGAAGUUACAAGACUUUUCCCACCGAAUGACACAGAUGUCGAAAAUGUACGAAUUCUCGUUCCCGGCGCCGGUCUUGGGCGCCUCAUGUAUGAGCUUUCAUAUAUUGGAUACUUUUGUGAAGGCAAUGAAUUUUCGCUUUUUAUGCUGAUUGCAUCCAACUUUAUUUUAAAUAGAUGUUUAAUUGAAAACGAAUACAAAUUAUAUCCUUAUGUGCAUCAAUAUGUGAAUAAUUUGAAUCGAGGCGAUCAAACACGAGCAAUCACAUUUCCAGAUGUCAGUCCAACACAACGCCCGCCAAAGAAAGGAACAAUGAAUAUGGUUGCAGGAGACUUUUUAGAAAUCUAUAAGGAAGCAGACUAUUGGGACUGUGUCGCUACUUGCUUCUUUAUUGACUGCGCAAAUAACAUUGUCGAUUUUAUUGAGACUAUUUACAAUAUACUUAAACCAAAUGGCGUUUGGGUCAAUUUAGGACCUUUAUUAUAUCAUUACAGUGAUGUAAUGGGAGAACAUAGUAUUGAACCCACUUUUGAAGAUAUUUGUCAUAUUAUGAAGCAAGUUGGAUUUGUAAUUGAGAAAUGUGCAACUGGAGUUCGCACACUAUACAGUCAAAAUCCAAAGUCGAUGCACAAAAGCGAAUAUGAGAGUGUUUUCUUUACUUGUCGCAAAUCAGCUCAAAAAUCUGAAUGCAAUGGUAACAGCAAUAAACAAAUGAAUGGACACACAAAAUAACAAGAUUUCCAUUUAUCGAAAUCGGACCGCAACAUCCAACUUUUCGUGCAGAAGUUAUUUGGGAGACGAUAUUCUGUGUCAUCUGAUCCAGUUCAAACAUAUAAUUCGUCGCACUGAGAGGCGCCUAAAAUAAAGUAUUUUU